AUGGCCGCCCCAUUAGUCGGCGAAAUGCCUCCAGCGGAAGCAGAAUCCGUCUACUUCAAUGAAUACCCCCCACCAAAGGCACUACCCCGACAUGAAACCCUCGCACGCGCAUUCAUUGACCUCCACGUGGAGGAAAGCAGACGCGUCGUUCUCGUCACAUCCGGAGGCACAACAGUACCACUUGAAGCGCAAACCGUACGCUUCAUUGACAAUUUCUCCGCCGGAACUCGAGGCGCCACAUCGGCUGAGUACUUCCUUGAGCAGGGGUACGCCCCACUCGACCAAUUGCUUCCUAGACUUCAUGGACGAGGCGCCGGCGUCGGCGGACUCCCCAACCCCGGCCAUGGGCCUAUCAUGGUGCGUGACGAGUACCAAGAUCAGAUGCGCAGCGUGCUGCGGAAAUACCGCUACGCGAAGCAGCAUAACCGUCUCCUCCUGUUGCCGUUCACGACGGUCUCGGAAUACAUGUUCGAGCUGCGGUCGAUCGCGAAGUUGAUGCGCCCACUUGGCCCGACUGCGCUCUUCUACCUUGCGGCUGCUGUCAGCGAUUUCUUCAUUCCACGCAGUCGCAUGGCAGAGCACAAGAUCCAGUCUGGUGAGUUGCCCCCGCACAUGCAGGGCAGCGCAAUCUCAUCGGAUGAAAUCUACACGGGCGAGAACGAGGAAAAGCCCUCCUCCAAUAGCAAGAAGCUCGUUGUCAACCUCGAUCCCGUGCCCAAGUUCCUACACCAGUUGGUGGAUGGAUGGGCCCCGGAGGGAAGUAUGGUUGUCUCAUUCAAACUGGAGACAGAUCCCUCGCUGCUUGUCUACAAAGCGCGCACUGCGCUGCAGCGCUACUCUCACCAUCUGGUGAUUGGAAACUUGCUUUCUACGCGCAAGUGGGAGGUUGUUUUCAUUACCCCUGAGGAGCCUCAUGAGCGCUGGAUCCGGGUCCCCAAGACCAGGCGCAGCAAGAGUAUCUCUGGUGUUGAGGAUCUGGUUGGGUUGGCGGAGGCUAAGAAGGGGAAUUCGACAACGUUGGAGCAGGCGGAUGCUCAGCAGAUUGAUGAGAGCAGUCGGGAUGGAAUUGAGAUCGAGAGUCUCAUUAUUCCGGAGUUGGUUAAGCUGCACACGAAGAUGAUUGAGAAGAAGACGCAACCUGCGCAGUGA